AUACGAAAGAAUAAGAUAAAGGAAUUCGAAAGCGCAGAGGCAAGUCUCUCGGCGUCGUGCUCUGCAGCACUGAGGUUUGAUACCAAUGCUGGCCAAUCUUUUGGGUUUCACCAACACACUUCCUUCUCCACCCGAUUCCUCUGCUUUCAUUCCGACUAAAACCUAUCACUCUCCGAAUAAAUAUCCUUUCAACAAACUGAGUUUGGAUAAAAAUGCUGAUUCCAGCACCCCAAAGAAGAGGGUCGAUAAGAAGCUGCACUCCACGUGUUCGACGAGAUGGGUCUCUCACGGUGGACGCAUUCCUUCCCUUCUCCACGCUCUCGACACCAUUCACGACUUGGAUAACGCUCUAAGACAGUGGGAGGAGACUCUGUCCAGCAGGGAAAUCAGUGCAAUUCUGAAGGCCCAGGUCUCUUGGCAGAGGGCUUUGCAGAUUUUCGAGUGGUUCAAGGAAAAGGGUUGCUAUGACUUGAACGUCAUUCACUACAACAUAAUGCUCUGGACCCUUGGCAGAGCGCGCAAGUGGGGGAUUGUGGAGAAUUUGUGGGGUGAAAUGAAUGCUAAAGGGGUUGCACCUGUGAAUUCCACGUAUGGGACCUUGAUUGAUGUUUAUAGCAAAGGUGGGCUCAAAGAAGAAGCUCUUGCUUGGCUUCAGAGGAUGCAGAAUCAAGGAAUGGAGCCUGAUGAGGUCACCAUGGGGAUUGUUGUUUUGUUGUACAAGAGGGGGGGAGAGUUCCGAAAAGCUGAAGAGUUCUUCCGAAGAUGGAUUAGAGGUGAACCUUUUAGAUUAGGGGUUAGUCAUAAUUUUGCAGUGUGUGAUGAAGGAUCACGUGCCGAUGUUUGUUUAAGCUCGAAUACAUAUACUACCUUGAUUGACACGUAUGGGAAGGGUGGUCAAUUUCGCGCAGCAUGUGAAACUUUUGCUAGGAUGAUCAGACAAUGCAUGACCUUGAAUACAGUGACACUGAAUUUAAUGAUUCGCUUAUAUGGAAACUGUGGAAGGCUACAACAAGCUUGUUUGUUGUUCCAGAAAAUGGGAGAGUUUCGGUGCCGACCCGACACUUGGACGUAUAACAUUCUCAUUUCGGCUUAUAUUAAGAAUAAUAAUGUCAACAUGGCAGCUAAAUGUCUUGCAAGGAUGAAACAGUCCUGCCUUGAGCCAGAUGUUGUGAGUUACCGUAUCCUCUUGUAUGCAUACUCGCCAAGGAAGAUGGUCCAAGAAGCGGAAGAGCUUGUACGGGAGAUGGAUGAAAGGAAUCUUGCAAUUGAUGAGGUCACCCAAUCUGCUUUGACUAGAAUGUAUGUAGAAUCAGGUAUGCUUGAGCAGUCAUGGUUGUGGUUCAGGAGGUUUCACCUAGCUGGGAAUAUUAGUUCUGCCUGUUAUUCUGCUAAUAUUGACGCUUAUGGAGAGCGAGGGUACACUUUAGAAGCAGAGAAAGUAUUUAUGUGCUGCAAAGAAAAGAAGAAGCUCACUGUCCUCGAGUUUAAUGUAAUGAUUAAAGCUUAUGGGAUAGGAAAAUGCUAUGAUAAAGCAUGCCAAUUGUUUGAUUGUAUGAAGAAAUUUGGUGUUGUCGCAGACAAAUGCAGCUACGGUUCUCUUAUACAUAUUUUGGCCAGUGCUGACAAGCCGCGCGAUGCAAGAUCUUAUCUUGAAAGAAUGCAGAAAGCAGGACUUGUGAGUGACUGUGUUCCAUAUUGUGUUGUGAUAAAAAGCUUCGCGAAGUUAGGGCAAUUGAAAAUGGCUGAAGAAUUGUACCAAACGAUGCUUGGAUACGCCGUGCAGCCUGAUGUGAUUAUUUAUGGUGUUUUUAUCAAUGCUUUUGCUGAUGCGGGAAGUGUUGAAGAAGCCAACAAAUAUGUUAAUGAAAUGCGAAAGGCAGGAUUGCCAGGGAAUCCAACUAUAUAUAACUCUUUAAUUAAGUUGUAUACUAAAUUAGGCUACCUGGAAGAAGCUCAAGAAACAUACAAAUUGCUUCAAUCGUCAGAUGAAGGUCCUUCUAUAUUUUCCUCUAAUUGUAUGAUUGAUCUUUAUACUGAACUUGUUAUGGUUGAACAAGCAAAAGAGAUAUUUGAGAGCUUGAAGAAAAAAGAAAUUGCAAAUGAGUUUUCGUAUGCAAUGAUGCUAUGUAUGUAUAAGAAAAUCGGAAGAUUGGAUGAAGCCAUUCAAAUUGCAACACAGAUGAGAAGACUAGGUCUUUUGACUGAUGUAUUGAGUUAUAAUAAUGUGCUUGGUUUGUAUUCUGUGGAUAGGAGGCUAAGGGAAGCUACAGAAACUUUCAAGGAAAUGAUAAAAUCUGGCAUUCAACCAGACGAUUUCACAUUUAGAGCUCUUGCUAACAUUUUGCUGAAUUGUGGAGUUUCAAAGCGGGCGGUUGGCAGGCUAGAAGUAAUGGUGAAAAGGGAUUCUCCUCACGGUUUGCAAGGAUGGAUGCUGGCACUCUCAUGUGCAUCUGAAGGAGAUAAUUCUCCAAAAGAAUAGAUGUGCUUAAUGAUGGAGCCUACAUUAUAAAAGCAUGAUUAAAAUAUACCUGGUCUGGCUUUCCUCUGGUGCUGGGUUUCCUUUAAUUUGGUUACAUGGCUGAGGCUAUGAUUGGAGCAUUUCAAGCACGGCAUUUAGAAUUACUAGUGGAUUCUUGGAUGGGAAAAAGUUUUGACUCCUUUUACGCGUAUUCUUGAAGAUAAAUUGUGCGCAGUUUUGGGAAGUUUGUUUUUUUUCUGGAGAUAUCAGUCCUACUUGCUAGCUUCUUUGUUGUUUGGAGAAGAUAUGGUUUGUCAGUAGAGGUUCUUAAUCCUGCACACCUCAUUGUUCAGGUAUACUUUAACAUUAUUACCUGAAGCCAGCAUGAUUGUCAAAAUGUUGAACUAACUUUAUACUUUAGCUGCAUUCUAGUGCCUUUUGCAACUAAAUGAAACUCUAUCCUGGAAAGUUUGUUAUUCCAUAUGCAAGUCUUUACUCGACAUACUGGUGGUCAGUACUCAAUUAUUAUUUGUCAGAGUUACAUACUUAAAUAUCAUGCAAUUCAAACAGAUGUGGACUUUUUCUUUGUAUUUCAGCCCAUUUUAGGACUCAACGGUCAUGUACUCUAUGGAAUGCCUGAAUCUGACAAUUGUUUUGGCCAAGUCUAAGCUUACAUUUUCAUCCCAAUAGAAACUUGAAGAAAAAGUAAUUUUGUUGCUGGCAGAUCUAAUGGAAAGCUAAGCUACCAGAGAAGUAUGGUUGCAUCCCCAUUUGGUUUUCCCCAAUUAUACAAUUUUAGUCAUUCUAUUUCUAUAAAAUUACAAACGCCAAAUUUCAAUAAAAUUUGAAUCA